AUGGGGGAGAGACAGUUUAGAAUAGCGAAGGAGGAGUUGGGAGAGGUGAAGGGGGAGUCGGGAGAGUUGAAGGGCAAGCUGGCGUACGUGAAGAAGGAGUUGGUGGGACACGAGAUUGGACGCCAUGACUGUGGUGCAUACCUGGAGGGCGGAGGCGACAAAAGGAGCAGCAUGAAGGACUGUGGUGCAUACCUGGAGGGCGGAGGCGACAAAAGGAGCAGCAUGAAGGGGGGCGGAAAUGCAUCCAUGGCAGCAGCAGCACCUCUAACACCCUCGCCAUCGCCACCUGAGCCACGCCCAACACCCUCGCCUUCACAACCAGCUCCUUGCUUCUCACCCCCCACCGCUGUGCCCCGCACUCCCACAUGCACUUGUUCCUAUGGGCCGUGGUGCAAGGUUCAGCACUCGCACAUGCACGCGGAAGGGGAGGGGGGCGGAAGAGAGGAAAAAGGGGCUGAAAUUGCUCGCUCGCAGAUACACUUGUUCCUCUGCCCCGACGCCCCCGAACUGAACCCCACACUCCCAUAUGUGAUUGUUGUCCUGUCGCGACGGAGGGGAGGGGAGAGAGUGACUGAGAUUGAAAGAGGGGAGAGGGCAGCGACUAGGGGCACGAGUGGGAAGGAGGAACGCGACGUGGGCGGAAUGCGGCGUGCGACGUGGGCGGAAUGGGGCGUGCGACGGGGGCGGAAUGGGGCGUGCGACGGGGGCGGAAUGGGGCGUGCGACGGGGGCGGAAUGGGGCGUGCGACGGGGGCGGAAUGGGGCGUGCGACGGGGGCGGAAUGGGGCGUGCGACGGGGGCGGAAUGGGGCGUGCGACGGGGGCGGAAUGGGGCGUGCGACGGGGGCGGAAUGGGGCGUGCGACGGGGGCGGAAUGGGGCGUGCGACGGGGGCGGAAUGGGGCGUGCGACGGGGGCGGAAUGGGGCGUGCGACGGGGGCGGAAUGGGGCGUGCGACGGGGGCGGAAUGGGGCGUGCGACGGGGGCGGAAUGGGGCGUGCGACGGGGGCGGAAUGGGGCGUGCGACGGGGGCGGAAUGGGGCGUGCGACGGGGGCGGAAUGGGGCGUGCGACGGGGGCGGAAUGGGGUGCGUUCGACGGGGGAGAAUGGGCGUGCGACGGGGGCGGAAUGGGGCGUGCGACGGGGGCGGAAUGGGGCGUGCGACGGGGGCGGAAUGGGGCGUGCGACGGGGGCGGAAUGGGGCGUGCGACGGGGGCGGAAUGGGGCGUGCGACGGGGGCGGAAUGGGGCGUGCGACGGGGCGGAAUGGGCGUGCGACGGGGGCGGAAUGGGGCGUGCGACGGGGGCGGAAUGGGGCGUGCGACGGGGGCGGAAUGGGGCGUGCGACGGGGGCGGAAUGGGGCGUGCGACGGGGCGGAAUGGGGCGUGCGACGACGGGGGCGGAAUGGGGCGUGCGACGGGGGCGGAAUGGGGCGUGCGACGGGGGCGGAAUGGGGCCGUGCGACGGGGGGCGGAAUGGGGCGUGCGACGGGGGCGGAAUGGGGCGUGCGACGGGGGCGGAAUGGGGCGUGCGACGGGGGCGGAAUGGGGCGUGCGACGGGGGCGGAAUGGGGCGUGCGACGGGGGCGGAAUGGGGCGUGCGACGGGGGCGGAAUGGGGCGUGCGACGGGGGCGGAAUGGGGCGUGGCGACGGGGGCGGAAUGGGGCUGCGACGGGGGCGGAAUGGGGGCGUGCGACGGGGGCGGAAUGGGGCGUGCGACGGGGGCGGAAUGGGGCGUGCGACGGGGGCGGAAUGGGGCGUGCGACGGGGGCGGAAUGGGGCGUGCGACGGGGGCGGAAUGGGGCGUGCGACGGGGGCGGAAUGGGGCGUGCGACGGGGGCGGAAUGGGGCGUGCGACGGGGGCGGAAUGGGGCGUGCGACGGGGGCGGAAUGGGGCGUGCGACGGGGGCGGAAUGGGGCGGAUGGGGCGUCGCGACGGGGGCGGAAUGGGGCGUGCGACGGGGGCGGAAUAGGGGCGUGCGGACGGGGGCGGAAUGGGGGCGUGCGACGGGGGCGGAAUGGGGCGUGCGACGGGGGCGGAUGGGGCGUGCGACGGGGGCGGAAUGGGGCGUGCGACGGGGCGAAAUGGGGCGUGCGACGGGGGGCGGAAUGGGGCGUGCAGACGGGGGCGGAAAUGGGGCGUGCGACGGGGGGCGGAAAUGGGGCGUGCGACGGGGGCCGGAAUGGGGCGUGCGACGGGGGCGGAAUGGGGCGUGCGACGGGGGCGGAAUGGGGCGUGCGACGGGGGGCGGAAUGGGCGUGCGACGGGGGGCGGAAUGGGGCGUGCGACGGGGGGGCGGAAUGGGGGCGUGGCGACGGGGGCGGAAUGGGGCGUGCGACGGGGGCGGAAUGGGGCGUGCGACUGGGGCGGAAUGGGGCGUGCGACGGGGGCGGGAAUGGGGCGUGCGACGGGGGCGGAAUGGGCGUGCGCGGGGGCGGAAUGGGGCCGUGCCGACGGGGGGCGGCAAUGGGGCGUGCGACGGGGGCGGAAUGGGGCGUGCGACGGGGGCGGAAUGGGCGGAAUGGGGCGUGCGACGGGGGCGGAAUGGGGCGUGCGACGGGGGCGGAAUGGGGCGGUGCGACGGGGGCGGAAUGGAAUGGGGCGUGCGACGGGGGCGGAAUGGGGCGUGCGACGGGGGCGGAAUGGGGCGUGCGACGGGGGCGGAAUGGGGCGUGCGACGGGGGCGGAAUGGGGCGUGCGACGGGGGCGGAAUGGGGCGUGCGACGGGGGCGGAAUGGGGCGUGCGACGGGGGCGGAAUGGGGCGUGCGACGGGGGCGGAAUGGGGCGUGCGACGGGGGCGGAAUGGGGCGUGCGACGGGGGCGGAAUGGGGCGUGCGACGGGGGCGGAAUGGGGCGUGCGACGGGGGCGGAAUGGGGCGUGCGACGGGGGCGGAAUGGGGCGUGCGACGGGGGCGGAAUGGGGCGUGCGACGGGGGCGGAAUGGGGCGUGCGACGGGGGCGGAAUGGGGCGUGCGACGGGGGCGGAAUGGGGCGUGCGACGGGGGCGGAAUGGGGCGUGCGACGGGGGCGGAAUGGGGCGUGCGACGGGGGCGGAAUGGGGCGUGCGACGGGGGCGGAAUGGGGCGUGCGACGGGGGCGGAAUGGGGCGUGCGACGGGGGCGGAAUGGGGCGUGCGACGGGGGCGGAAUGGGGCGUGCGACGGGGGCGGAAUGGGGCGUGCGACGGGGGCGGAAUGGGGCGUGCGACGGGGGCGGAAUGGGGCGUGCGACGGGGGCGGAAUGGGGCGUGCGACGGGGGCGGAAUGGGGCGUGCGACGGGGGCGGAAUGGGGCGUGCGACGGGGGCGGAAUGGGGCGUGCGACGGGGGCGGAAUGGGGCGUGCGACGGGGGCGGAAUGGGGCGUGCGACGGGGGCGGAAUGGGGCGUGCGACGGGGGCGGAAUGGGGCGUGCGACGGGGGCGGAAUGGGGCGUGCGACGGGGGCGGAAUGGGGCGUGCGACGGGGGCGGAAUGGGGCGUGCGACGGGGGCGGAAUGGGGCGUGCGACGGGGGCGGAAUGGGGCGUGCGACGGGGGCGGAAUGGGGCGUGCGACGGGGGCGGAAUGGGGCGUGCGACGGGGGCGGAAUGGGGCGUGCGACGGGGGCGGAAUGGGGCGUGCGACGGGGGCGGAAUGGGGCGUGCGACGGGGGCGGAAUGGGGCGUGCGACGGGGGCGGAAUGGGGCGUGCGACGGGGGCGGAAUGGGGCGUGCGACGGGGGCGGAAUGGGGCGUGCGACGGGGGCGGAAUGGGGGCGUGCGACGGGGGCGGAAUGGGGCGUGCGACGGGGGCGGAAUGGGGCGUGCGACGGGGGGCGGAAUGGGGCGUGCGACGGGGGCGGAAUGGGGCGUGCGACGGGGGCGGAAUGGGGCGUGCGACGGGGGCGGAAUGGGGCGUGCGACGGGGGCGGAAUGGGGCGUGCGACGGGGGCGGAAUGGGGCGUGCGACGGGGGCGGAAUGGGGCGUGCGCGGGGGCGGAAUGGGGCGUGCCGGGGCGGAAUGGGGCGUGCGACGGGGGCGGAAUGGGGCGUGCGACGGGGGCGGAAUGGGGCGUGCGACGGGGGCGGAAUGGGGGCGUGCGACGGGGGCGGAAUGGGGCGGCGACGGGGGCGGAAUGGGGCGUGCGACGGGGGCGGAAUGGGGCGUGCGACGGGGGCGGAAUGGGGCGUGCGACGGGGGCGGAAUGGGGCGUGCGACGGGGGCGGAAUGGGGCGUGCGACGGGGGCGGAAUGGGGCGUGCGACGGGGGCGGAAUGGGGCGUGCGACGGGGGCGGAAUGGGGCGUGCGACGGGGGCGGAAUGGGGCGUGCGACGGGGGCGGAAUGGGGCGUGCGACGGGGGCGGAAUGGGGCGUGCGACGGGGGCGGAAUGGGGCGUGCGACGGGGGCGGAAUGGGGCGUGCGACGGGGGCGGAAUGGGGCGUGCGACGGGGGCGGAAUGGGGCGUGCGACGGGGGCGGAAUGGGGCGUGCGACGGGGGCGGAAUGGGGCGUGCGACGGGGGCGGAAUGGGGCGUGCGACGGGGGCGGAAUGGGGCGUGCGACGGGGGCGGAAUGGGGCGUGCGACGGGGGGCGGAAUGGGGCGUGCGACGGGGGCGGAAUGGGGCGUGCGACGGGGGCGGAAUGGGGCGUGCGACGGGGGCGGAAUGGGGCGUGCGACGGGGGCGGAAUGGGGCGUGCGACGGGGGCGGAAUGGGGCGUGCGACGGGGGCGGAAUGGGGCGUGCGACGGGGGCGGAAUGGGGCGUGCGACGGGGGCGGAAUGGGGCGUGCGACGGGGGCGGAAUGGGGCGUGCGACGGGGGCGGAAUGGGGCGUGCGACGGGGGCGGAAUGGGGCGUGCGACGGGGCGGAAUGGGGCGUGCGACGGGGCGGAAUGGGGCGUGCGACGGGGGCGGAAUGGGGCGUGCGACGGGGGCGGAAUGGGGCGUGCGACGGGGGCGGAAUGGGGCGUGCGACGGGGGCGGAAUGGGGCGUGCGACGGGGGCGGAAUGGGGCGUGGCGACGGGGGCGGAAUGGGGCGUGCGACGGGGGCGGAAUGGGGCGUGCGACGGGGGCGGAAUGGGGCGUGCGACGGGGGCGGAAUGGGGGCGUGCGACGGGGGCGGAAUGGGGCGUGCGACGGGGGCGGAAUGGGGCGUGCGACGGGGGCGGAAUGGGCGUGCGACGGGGGCGGAAUGGGGCGUGCGACGGGGGCGGAAUGGGGCGUGCGACGGGGGCGGAAUGGGGCGUGCGACGGGGGCGGAAUGGGGGCGUGCGACGGGGGCGGAAUGGGGCGUGCGACGGGGGCGGAAUGGGGCGUGCGACGGGGGCGGAAUGGGGCGUGCGACGGGGGCGGAAUGGGGCGUGCGACGGGGGCGGAAUGGGGCGUGCGACGGGGGCGGAAUGGGGCGUGCGACGGGGGCGGAAUGGGGCGUGCGACGGGGGCGGAAUGGGGCGUGCGACGGGGGCGGAAUGGGGCGUGCGACGGGGGCGGAAUGGGGCGUGCGACGGGGGCGGAAUGGGGCGUGCGACGGGGGCGGAAUGGGGCGUGCGACGGGGGGCGGAAUGGGGCGUGCGACGGGGGCGGAAUGGGGCGUGCGACGGGGGCGGAAUGGGGCGUGCGACGGGGGCGGAAUGGGGCGUGCGACGGGGGCGGAAUGGGGCGUGCGACGGGGGCGGAAUGGGGCGUGCGACGGGGGCGGAAUGGGGCGACGGGGGCGGAAUGGGGGCGUGCGACGGGGGCGGAAUGGGGCGUGCGACGGGGGCGGAAUGGGGCGUGCGACGGGGGCGGAAUGGGGCGUGCGACGGGGGCGGAAUGGGGCGUGCGACGGGGGCGGAAUGGGGCGUGCGACGGGGGCGGAAUGGGGCGUGCGACGGGGGCGGAAUGGGGCGUGCGACGGGGGCGGAAUGGGGCGUGCGACGGGGGCGGAAUGGGGCGUGCGACGGGGGCGGAAUGGGGCGUGCGACGGGGGCGGAAUGGGGCGUGCGACGGGGGCGGAAUGGGGCGUGCGACGGGGGCGGAAUGGGGCGUGCGACGGGGGCGGAAUGGGGCGUGCGACGGGGGCGGAAUGGGGCGUGCGACGGGGGCGGAAUGGGGCGUGCGACGGGGGCGGAAUGGGGCGUGCGACGGGGGCGGAAUGGGGCGUGCGACGGGGGCGGAAUGGGGCGUGCGACGGGGGCGGAAUGGGGCGUGCGACGGGGGCGGAAUGGGGCGUGCGACGGGGGCGGAAUGGGGCGUGCGACGGGGGCGGAAUGGGGCGUGCGACGGGGGGCGGAAUGGGGCGUGCGACGGGGGCGGAAUGGGGCGUGCGACGGGGGCGGAAUGGGGCGUGCGACGGGGGCGGAAUGGGGCGUGCGACGGGGGCGGAAUGGGGCGUGCGACGGGGGCGGAAUGGGGCGUGCGACGGGGGCGGAAUGGGGCGUGCGACGGGGGCGGAAUGGGGCGUGCGACGGGGGGCGGAAUGGGGCGUGCGACGGGGGCGGAAUGGGGCGUGCGACGGGGGCGGAAUGGGGCGUGCGACGGGGGCGGAAUGGGGCGUGCGACGGGGGCGGAAUGGGGCGUGCGACGGGGGCGGAAUGGGGCGUGCGACGGGGGCGGAAUGGGGCGUGCGACGGGGGCGGAAUGGGGCGUGCGACGGGGGCGGAAUGGGGCGUGCGACGGGGGCGGAAUGGGGCGUGCGACGGGGGCGGAAUGGGGCGUGCGACGGGGGCGGAAUGGGGCGUGCGACGGGGGCGGAAUGGGGCGUGCGACGGGGGCGGAAUGGGGCGUGCGACGGGGGCGGAAUGGGGCGUGCGACGGGGGCGGAAUGGGGCGUGCGACGGGGGCGGAAUGGGGCGUGCGACGGGGGCGGAAUGGGGGCGUGCGACGGGGGCGGAAUGGGGCGUGCGACGGGGGCGGAAUGGGGCGUGCGACGGGGGCGGAAAUGGGGCGUGCGACGGGGGCGGAAUGGGGCGUGCGACGGGGGCGGAAUGGGGCGUGCGACGGGGGGCGGAAUGGGGCGUGCGACGGGGGCGGAAUGGGGCGUGCGACGGGGGCGGAAUGGGGCGUGCGACGGGGGCGGAAUGGGGCGUGCGACGGGGGCGGAAUGGGGCGUGCGACGGGGGCGGAAUGGGGCGUGCGACGGGGGCGGAAUGGGGCGUGCGACGGGGGCGGAAUGGGGCGUGCGACGGGGGCGGAAUGGGGCGUGCGACGGGGGCGGAAUGGGGCGUGCGACGGGGGCGGAAUGGGGCGUGCGACGGGGGCGGAAUGGGGCGUGCGACGGGGGCGGAAUGGGGCGUGCGACGGGGGCGGAAUGGGGCGUGCGACGGGGGCGGAAUGGGGCGUGCGACGGGGGCGGAAUGGGGCGUGCGACGGGGGCGGAAUGGGGCGUGCGACGGGGGCGGAAUGGGGCGUGCGACGGGGGCGGAAUGGGGCGUGCGACGGGGGCGGAAUGGGGCGUGCGACGGGGGCGGAAUGGGGCGUGCGACGGGGGCGGAAUGGGGCGUGCGACGGGGGCGGAAUGGGGCGUGCGACGGGGGCGGAAUGGGGCGUGCGACGGGGGCGGAAUGGGGCGUGCGACGGGGGCGGAAUGGGGCGUGCGACGGGGGCGGAAUGGGGCGUGCGACGGGGGCGGAAUGGGGCGUGCGACGGGGGCGGAAUGGGGCGUGCGACGGGGGCGGAAUGGGGCGUGCGACGGGGGCGGAAUGGGGCGUGCGACGGGGGCGGAAUGGGGCGUGCGACGGGGGCGGAAUGGGGGCGUGCGACGGGGGCGGAAUGGGGCGUGCGACGGGGGCGGAAUGGGGCGUGCGACGGGGGCGGAAUGGGGCGUGCGACGGGGGCGGAAUGGGGCGUGCGACGGGGGCGGAAUGGGGCGUGCGACGGGGGCGGAAUGGGGGCGUGCGACGGGGGCGGAAUGGGGCGUGCGACGGGGGCGGAAUGGGGCGUGCGACGGGGGCGGAAUGGGGCGUGCGACGGGGGCGGAAUGGGGCGUGCGACGGGGGCGGAAAUGGGGCGUGCGACGGGGGCGGAAUGGGGCGUGCGACGGGGGCGGAAUGGGGCGUGCGACGGGGGCGGAAUGGGGCGUGCGACGGGGGCGGAAUGGGGCGUGCGACGGGGGCGGAAUGGGGCGUGCGACGGGGGCGGAAUGGGGCGUGCGACGGGGGCGGAAUGGGGCGUGCGACGGGGGCGGAAUGGGGCGUGCGACGGGGGCGGAAUGGGGCGUGCGACGGGGGCGGAAUGGGGCGUGCGACGGGGGCGGAAUGGGGCGUGCGACGGGGGCGGAAUGGGCGUGCGACGGGGGCGGAAUGGGGCGUGCGACGGGGGCGGAAUGGGGCGUGCGACGGGGGCGGAAUGGGGCGUGCGACGGGGGCGGAAUGGGGCGUGCGACGGGGGCGGAAUGGGGCGUGCGACGGGGGCGGAAUGGGGCGUGCGACGGGGGCGGAAUGGGGCGUGCGACGGGGGCGGAAUGGGGCGUGCGACGGGGGCGGAAUGGGGCGUGCGACGGGGGCGGAAUGGGGCGUGCGACGGGGGCGGAAUGGGGCGUGCGACGGGGGCGGAAUGGGGCGUGCGACGGGGGCGGAAUGGGGCGUGCGACGGGGGCGGAAUGGGGCGUGCGACGGGGGCGGAAUGGGGCGUGCGACGGGGGCGGAAUGGGGCGUGCGACGGGGGCGGAAUGGGGCGUGCGACGGGGGCGGAAUGGGGCGUGCGACGGGGGCGGAAUGGGGCGUGCGACGGGGGCGGAAUGGGGCGUGCGACGGGGGCGGAAUGGGGCGUGCGACGGGGGCGGAAUGGGGCGUGCGACGGGGGCGGAAUGGGGCGUGCGACGGGGGCGGAAUGGGGCGUGCGACGGGGGGCGGAAUGGGGGCGUGCGACGGGGGCGGAAUGGGGCGUGCGACGGGGGCGGAAUGGGGCGUGCGACGGGGGCGGAAUGGGGCGUGCGACGGGGGGGCGGAAUGGGGCGUGCCGAACGGGGGCGGAAUGGGGCGUGCGACGGGGGCGGAAUGGGGCGUGCGACGCGGGCGGAAUGGGGCGUGCGACGCGGGCGGAAUGGGGCGUGCGACGGGGGCGGAAUGGGGCGUGCGACGGGGGGCGGAAUGGGGCGUGCGACGGGGGCGGAAUGGGGCCGUCGCGACGGGGCGGAAUGGGGCGUGCGACGGGGGCGGAAUGGGGCGUGCGACGCGGGCGGAAUGGGGCGUGCGACGGGGGCGGAAUGGGGCGUGCGACGCGGGCGGAAUGGGGCGUGCGACGGGGGCGGAAUGGGGCGUGCGACGGGGGCGGAAUGGGGCGUGCGACGGGGGCGGAAUGGGGCGUGCGACGGGGGCGGAAUGGGGCGUGCGACGCGGGCGGAAUGGGGCGUGCGACGGGGGCGGAAUGGGGCGUGCGACGCGGGCGGAAUGGGGCGUGCGACGCGGGGCGGAAUGGGGCGUGCGACGCGGGCGGAAUGGGGCGUGCGACGCGGGCGGAAUGGGGCGUGCGACGCGGGCGGAAUGGGGCGUGCGACGCGGGCGGAAUGGGGCGUGCGACGCGGGCGGAAUGGGGCGUGCGACGCGGGCGGAAUGGGGCGUGCGACGCGGGCGGAAUGGGGCGUGCGACGGGGGCGGAAUGGGGCGUGCGACGCGGGGCGGAAUGGGGCGUGCGACGGCGGGCGGAAUGGGGCGUGCGACGGGGGCGGAAUGGGGCGUGCGACGGGGGCGGAAUGGGGCGUGCGACGCGGGCGGAAUGGGGCGUGCGACGCGGGGCGGAAUGGGGCGUGCGACGCGGGGCGGAAUGGGGCGACCCGGGCGGAAUGGGCGUGCGACGCGGGCGGAAUGGGGCGUGCGACGCGGGCGGAAUGGUGCGUGCGACGCGGGCGGAAUGGGGCGUGCGACGGGGGCGGAAUGGGGCGUGCGACGCGGGGCGGAAUGGGGCGUGCGACGGGGGCGGAAUGGGGCGUGCGACGCGGGCGGAAUGGGGCGUGCGACGCGGGGCGGAAUGGGGCGUGCGACGCGGGGCGGAAUGGGGCGUGCGACGCGGCGCGGAAUGGGGCGUGCGACGCGGGCGGAAUGGGGCGUGCGACGCGGGCGGAAUGGGGCGUGCGACGCGGGCGGAAUGGGGCUGUGCGACGCGGGCGGAAAUGGGCGUGCGACGCGGGCGGGAAUGGGGCGUGCGACGCGGGCGGAAUGGGGCGUGCGACGCGGGCGGAAUGGGGCGUGCGACGCGGGGCGGAAUGGGGCGUGCGACGCGGGCGGAAUGGGGCGUGCGACGGGGGCGGAAUGGGGCGUGCGACGGGGGCGGAAUGGGGCGUGCGACGGGGGCGGAAUGGGGCGUGCGACGGGGGCGGAAUGGGGCGUGCGACGCGGAGCGGAAUGGGGCGUGCGACGCGGGCGGAAUGGGGCGUGCGACGCGGGCGGAAUGGGGCGUGCGACGCGGGCGGAAUGGGGCGUGCGACGCGGGCGGAAUGGGGCGUGCGACGCGGGCGGAAUGGGGCGUGCGACGCGGGCGGAAUGGGGCGUGCGACGCGGGCGGAAUGGGGCGUGCGACGCGGGCGGAAUGGGGCGUGCGACUGCGGGCGGAAUGGGGCGUGCGACGGGGGCGGAAUGGGGCGUGCGACGCGGGCGGAAUGGGGCGUGCGACGCGGGGCGGAAUGGGGCGUGCGACGCGGGCGGAAUGGGGCGUGCGACGGGGGCGGAAUGGGGCGUGCGACGCGGGCGGAAUGGGGCGUGCGACGCGGGCGGAAUGGGGCGUGCGACGCGGGCGGAAUGGGGCGUGCGACGCGGGCGGAAUGGGGCGUGCGACGCGGGCGGAAUGGGGCGUGCGACGCGGGCGGAAUGGGGCGUGCGACGCGGGCGGAAUGGGGCGUGCGACGCGGGCGGAAUGGGGCGUGCGACGCGGGCGGAAUGGGGCGUGCGACGCGGGCGGAAUGGGGCGUGCGACGCGGGCGGAAUGGGGCGUGCGGACGCGGGCGGAAUGGGGCGUGCGACGCGGGCGGAAUGGGGCGUGCGACGCGGGGCGGAAUGGGGCCGUGCGACGCGGGCGGAAUGGGGCGUGCGACGCGGGCGGAAUGGGGCGUGUCGACGCGGGCGGAAUGGGGCGUGCGACGCGGGCGGAAUGGGGCGUGCGACGCGGGGCGGAAUGGGGCGUGCGACGCGGGGCGGAAUGGGGCGUGCGACGCGGGCGGAAUGGGGCGUGCGACGCGGAGCGGAAUGGGGGCUGGCGACGCGGGCGGAAUGGGGCGUGCGACGCGGGCGGAAUGGGGCGUGCGACGCGGGCGGAAUGGGGCGUGCGACGCGGGCGGAAUGGGGCGUGCGACGCGGGCGGAAUGGGGCGUGCGACGCGGGCGGAAUGGGGCGUGCGACGCGGGCGGAAUGGGGCGUGCGACGCGGGCGGAAUGGGGCGUGCGACGCGGGCGGAAUGGGGCGUGCGACGCGGGCGGAAUGGGGCGUGCGACGCGGGCGGAAUGGGGCGUGCGACGCGGGCGGAAUGGGGCGUGCGACGCGGGCGGAAUGGGGCGUGCGACGCGGCGGAAUGGGGCGUGCGACGCGGGCGGAAUGGGGCGUGCGACGCGGGCGGAAUGGGGCGUGCGACGCGGGCGGAAUGGGGCGUGCGACGCGGGCGGAAUGGGGCGUGCGACGCGGGCGGAAUGGGGCGUGCGACGCGGGCGGAAUGGGGCGUGCGAGCCGGGCGGAAUGGGGCGUGCGACGCGGGCGGAAUGGGGCGUGCGACGCGGGGCGGAAUGGGGCGUGCGACGCGGGCGGAAUGGGGCGUGCGACGCGGGCGGAAUGGGGCGUGCGACGCGGGCGGAAUGGGGCGUGCGACGCGGGCGGAAUGGGGCGUGCGACGCGGGCGGAAUGGGGCGUGCGACGCGGGCGGAAUGGGGCGUGCGACGCGGGCGGAAUGGGGCGUGCGACGCGGGCGGAAUGGGGCGUGCGACGCGGGCGGAAUGGGGCGUGCGACGCGGGCGGAAUGGGGCGUGCGACGCGGGCGGAAUGGGGCGUGCGACGCGGGCGGAAUGGGGCGUGCGACGCGGGCGGAAUGGGGCGUGCGACGCGGGCGGAAUGGGGCGUGCGACGCGGGCGGAAUGGGGCGUGCGACGCGGGCGGAAUGGGGCGUGCGACGCGGGCGGAAUGGGGCGUGCGACGCGGGCGGAAUGGGGCGUGCGACGCGGGCGGAAUGGGGCGUGCGACGCGGGCGGAAUGGGGCGUGCGACGCGGGCGGAAUGGGGCGUGCGACGCGGGCGGAAUGGGGCGUGCGACGCGGGCGGAAUGGGGCGUGCGACGCGGGCGGAAUGGGGCGUGCGACGCGGGCGGAAUGGGGCGUGCGACGCGGGCGGAAUGGGGCGUGCGACGCGGGCGGAAUGGGGCGUGCGACGCGGGCGGAAUGGGGCGUGCGACGCGGGCGGAAUGGGGCGUGCGACGCGGGCGGAAUGGGGCGUGCGACGCGGGCGGAAUGGGGCGUGCGACGCGGGCGGAAUGGGGCGUGCGACGCGGGCGGAAUGGGGCGUGCGACGCGGGCGGAAUGGGGCGUGCGACGCGGGCGAAUGGGGCGUGCGACGCGGGCGGAAUGGGCGUGCGACGCGGGCGGAAUGGGGCGUGCGACGCGGGCGGAAUGGGGCGUGCGACGCGGGCGGAAUGGGGCGUGCGACGCGGGCGGAAUGGGGCCGUGGCGACGCGGGCGGAAUGGGGCGUGCGACGCGGGCGGAAUGGGGCGUGCGACGCGGGCGGAAUGGGGCGUGCGACGCGGGCGGAAUGUCGGGCUGUGCGACGCGGGCGGAAGUGGGGCGUGCGACUGCGGGCGGAAUGGGCGUGCGACGCGGGCUGAAUGGGGCUGCGACCGGCGGAAUGGGCCCGGGCGGAAUGGGGCGUGCGACGCGGGCGGAAUGGGGCUGGCGACGCGGGCGGAAUGGGGCGUGCGACGCGGGCGGAAUGGGGCGUGCGACGCGGGCGGAAUGGGGCGUUCGUGAUACGGCGACCGCGGGCGGAAUGGGGCGUGCGACGCGGGCGGAAUGGGGCGUGCGACGCGGGCGGAAUGGGGCGUGCGACGGCGGGCGGAAUGGGGCGUGCGACGCGGGCGGAAUGGGGCGUGCGACGCGGGCGGAAUGGGGCGUGCGACGCGGGCGGAAUGGGGCGUGCGACGCGGGCCGGAAUGGGGCGUGCGACGCGGGCGGAAUGGGGCGUGCGACGCCGGGCGGAAUGGGGCGUUGCGACGCGGGCGGAAUGGGGCGUGCGACGCGGGCGGAAUGGGGCGUGGCGACGCGGGCGGAAUGGGGCGUGCGACGCGUGCGGAAUGGGGCGUGCGACGCGGGCGGAAUGGGGCGUGCGACGCGGGCGGAAUGGGGCGUGCGACCGCGGGCGGAAUGGGGCGUGCGUACGCCGGGCGGAAUGGGGCGUGCGACGCGGGCGGAAUGGGGCGUGCGACACCGGCGGAGCGCACCGUUCGACUCCAGCGGAAUGGGGCGUGCGACGCGGGCGGAAUGGGCGUGCGACGCGGGCGGAAUGGGGCGUGCGACGCGGGCGGAAUGGGGCGUGCGACGCGGGCGGAAUGGGGCGUGCGACGCGGGCGGAAUGGGGCGUGCGAACGCGGGCGGAAUGGGGCGUGCGACGCGGGCGGAAUGGGGCGUGCGACGCGGGCGGAAUGGGGCGUGCGACGCGGCGGAAUGGGGCGUGCGACGCGGGCGGAAUGGGGCGUGCGACGCGGGCGGAAUGGGGCGUGCGACGCGGGCGGAAUGGGGCGUGCGACGCGGGCGGAAUGGGGCGUGCGACGCGGGCGGAAUGGGGCGUGGCGACGCGGGCGGAAUGGGGCGUGCGACGCGGGCGGAAUGGGGCGUGCGACGCGGGCGGAAUGGGGCGUGCGACGCGGGCGGAAUGGGGCGUGCGACGCGGGCGAAAUGA